AUGCAUGGCAGCCCGUAUGGCUGCUGUGCGUGUGGCAGCCCGUAUGGUCGCCAGGAGAGCGGCUGCCCAUACAGCCUGUACGACCGCCGUGAGAGGGGCUGCCUGUAUGGACGCUACGCGAGCAGCAGCCUGUACAGUCACCGCGAGAGCAGCUGCCCAUAUGGCCCAUACGGUCGCUGCGAGAGGGGCUGCCUGUACAGUUGCCGCAAGAGCGGCAGCCCACAUGGACGCCGCACAAGCGGCAGCCGGUACAGCGACCCCGGGCACCUGGAGAGUGGCCAAAAGAAACCCUACAAAUGCUUGGAGUGUGGGAAGAGCUUUUGUGACAAGAGAACCUUAAUAGACCAUCAAGGAAACCACACAGGGGAGAAAACCUAUACAUGCUUGGAAUGCGGAAAAAGAUUUAACUGGAAGAGGAGCUUCACUGUCCAUCAGAGAAACCACGCAGGGGGGAAACCCUGCACAUGCCCGGAGUGUGGAAAAAUCUUCACGUGGAAGAAAAGCCUCACUAUACAUCAGCGAUCUCACACGGGGGAGAAGCCCUAUAAAUGCCUGCAGUGCGGGAAAAGCUUCACGCAGAAGGGACACUUCACUGCUCAUCAGAGAUCUCACACCGGGGAGAAGCCCUGCAAAUGCCUGCAAGGCGGGAAAAGCUUCACGCAGACAGCACACCUCACCACACAUCAGAGAUCCCACACGGGGAUAAAGCCAUAUAGCUGCUCAGAGUGCGGGAAAAGCUUCAGUGCAAAGAGAUCCCACACGGGAGAGAAGCCCUAUAAGUGCCCGGAGUGCGGGAAAAGCUUCAGCAUCCUCUCGAACCUUCGAAGGCACGAAAGGAUGCACUGCGGGGAGGAGCCGUACAAAUGCUUCGAGUGUGGGAAGAGCUUCGGCGAUGGGAGAUAG